CUUUCGCUUCUCCUCGCCAGAGGGACAGCCACCAUGAGGGCCAUUAUUGUCGGUGCUGGGCUGGGCGGUCUGACUUGUGCGAUUUCUAGUCGCCAGCAGGGUAUUGAUGUGGUCAUUCUUGAGCGGUCGCCUGAGGUCCGAGAGGUUGGGGCCGGUAUCCAGAUCCCCCCUAACGGGACUCGUGUCAUGCGUGAUUUAGGCCUUUUGCCUCAGUUGCUCAAGAAGGGAAGUCAGGUCCAAGAUGUGGACUUCCGACGAUACAAGGAUGGUCGGAUUUUGCGAUCUAUGCCGUUUGGUGAUGAUAUUACGCAAGAUUUUGGGGCUCCGUGGGUACUGAUUCACCGAAUAGACUACCAUCGAAUACUUCUUGACGAAGCAAUCCGCCUUGGGGCUGUCCUCAUGUUGGGAGCUGAGGUGGAGAAUGUUUCUGUGGAAGCGCCAGAGGUCAUUCUCACGGACGGGAGAAAACUGUCUGCGGAUGUUUUGAUUGGUGCAGAUGGCCAAUGGUCCACGAUUAGAAAAGCCGUUCUUAGAACGCCCAUGUCCCCAGUUGAGACCGGCGAUUUGGCCUAUCGAGCAACUUUUACCCGAGGGCAACUGGAGUCUCUGGGUGAUGACAAGGUUAAUGAGCUCAUUCAAAAGGUUUCUGUGACAAGCUGGCUGGGUCCCAAAAAACAUACUAUUUUUUACCCUGUUCGUGGUGGACAGGAGUUUAAUCUCGUCCUGUUGAGACCAGAUAACCUGGCAGCAGGGACUCGCAGAGUUGAAGGUGAUGUCGAAGAGAUGAGAGAAAGCUACGCGGACUGGGAUGAGACAUUAAAGAAGCUGAUAUCCUGUGUGCCGACCGUAUACAAGUGGAAGUUGACGAGUCUUGCCGAGCUUGAUACAUGGACGAAGGUUGGGCGCGGUUGCCCUUCUGGGCGAUGCCUGUCAUCCCACUCUCCCUAUCAAGCCCAGGGAGCAGCCAUGGCAGUUGAGGAUGGUGCAGUUAUCGGAAAGCUUCUCGGCUUCCUACAGGAUCGAAGUUUGAGCAAUGACUCCUCUUUAGUAGCCUCUGUGCUGAAGCUCUACGAACAGAUUCGUAAGGCGCAAACAACACGAAAUGUUCGCGGAGCUGCCAUGAACCGACAGCUCUUCCAUAUUGAUGAUGGGAUUCUCCAGAUUAUUAGAGAUUUUGCUCUUCGUUACGCAGGUGUUACACGCAAGAGCGACUGGACUUGGUUUUCGUCUUUCAGACAACGACAAACGCUUGGAAAUGAUGUCUUACGUGAUUGUGAAAAGGCCCUCCAAGCUUGGGAGGUAGACGUAUUGCAACAAAAAAAGACGCAAUAA